GCCCUCAGUUCCCCGGCCCACUUACGCAUACGACAUCAUCAUGCAGCUGCACAUGCUCUACGUCGCUGUUGCGAUAUUUCUUUGCAGGCCCGUCGUCGUCGCUUCGUUCAAGCCGACUUCAGACAACUCGCCUGAAGAGGCAGCUAUUGGCGCCCGCGGGAUGUGCCUCUCCAGAGUAACGCGGUGCCAAUACCACGUCCGCUGCCCCAAGAGGGUGGCCAACGUCCCGACGUUGUUCGAGGCUUGUAUGGCCGACGCAUGGUGUGACGGCGACCAGUACAGGUCCAGCCGCGAUGGGAUCCUGGAACCCAGGUGCUCACCAUGCGACUGCGUCACGGUGACCAAAUUGCUCAAGUAGCCAGCCGAGAAGACGACGACGUGGGUUUGUCAUAUCGCAAACAGAUAGGGCCCGACUAACAACUCGCACACAGAACGUGCUACUGCUACUGCUACUACAGCGUCGCUACACCGUUCAAGUCAGGACCCCCAAAGUUUUUGUGUGCCGAAUGGAAAACGCCACAACCCGGGGAAGGAAGGGUUCAGGUACGGACGAGGUGCGGGACUGUAAGCGGGAAGAGGAAAGCCGUGUCCAGCCUGCUUCCCGCGGCCACUGACGAUGGUCCCGCCAAGCUUUUAAACCACGCGAGGCGCUUUGGUCAACUAGCGGCCUGGUCGAGCUGUAUUGUCCGCGGGAAGUUCGCGCCUGGGGGG